AUGCGUGAGCUGAUCGAGUUGCGCGCUGAGCUCGCUGCUGAGCGAGAUCGGCGGUACGAGACGCUGAUCGCGAUGGGACGACAGUGGAAGGAAGACGUGUUGGUCGAAGUUCACCGGCGUGAUGCGGCCCUUCACUCGGAUGUGUCAGCUGUAGAGGAGAAAAUGGCGGCGCAGUGGAAGGAGAGCAACGAAGGUCGUCUUGUGAUGCAGCGGCAAUUAGAGGAGGCCAUGCGCGCCGGUAAGGUUCGCGACACAAGCCAAUUUCAGCUGCGCGAAGAAAUGCAGGAAACGGCUCGGCAACUGGAGGAGCGGGUGGACGUGGCCAUGUCGCAAAGCAGCGCAGCCCGCGCGGAUUGCAGUCGGCAGCUCGAGCAGGAGCGGGCUACUCUUUCUCAGCGUCUGGACGCUGAGCUGCUGCGGCUAGUUGAGAUGCGGCGCGACGAUCAGCGUGCACUACAGCAAGCAAAGGCGCUGAUCCGUGAGGAAGGCCUGAAGGUGAAGGGCGAAAUACGGAGGACCGUCCAGGAGGUGUGGGAGGCGUCAGCGUCCUCGCUUAUGAAGACCGCCACAGAACCCCUCGAGCAACUCCGCGCGGAGCUUCGACAAACCAAAGCAGCUGCGCAUGCAAUGGAGGAGAGGGUGGCGGACUGUGUGCGAACGUGCCAGGCAGAGUGCCGAAUGCUUACUACGACAACGACGGAACGACUUCAUGCGCUGGAGUCCAAGGAAGCAGUUGCCACCUCGUCUAUCGAUCGUGUGGAGCGCAAGGCAGACUCCGCGUAUGAGACCGUGCGCCACAUAGAGGCCACGAUAGUGGCGGCGAACGAGGCAACAGAGCGGGCCAUCGUCCAGGUGGCCGGUGCUUCGGAGAGGACACUGAAGGUAGAGCACGCACUUACAGACCGUGACAAUCGCCUCGUUGCUAUCGAAGCGCAGCUGCAUGCCAUUGCUACUGCAGAGGGACUAAGAGCGGAAGUGGAAGCCUGUAAGCGGCAGGCGGGUCGCCUGGAGAGCCACAUAGAGGCUGCGGGGGCGAUGUGCACACGAGUGGAGAAGCUGGCAGACCGCAGUGCUGAGCAGGUGCUGUCGUUUGCCAAUCGCAUUGACAGUUGCGAGAGAUCGACACAGCGAGGUGUUGAUGCAGUGCAGAGAGUACAGGAAGGUCUGGAGGCCUGCAAGUCAGAAGUUCAGCAGAUGCGCACCCACUUCGACACCAACGAGGCUGUCCUCCAGCGCCACACCCACCUCUUCGCGCAGCUGGAACAGCGGGUUGCUGGGCAGGAAAACCGCCUGGGACUAUGGCGGCAGCAACAGGAGCAGUACGUGAAGGAUCAGAUGACGGUGCAGCGUGAACUGACAGAGCGCGCGGAGGUAACGCACAACGUGGCAUCCCGAGCUCAGCAAGUCAGCAGUGAUGCGCGUGCAGAGGUGCACCGCCUGGAGCGGCGCCUCGACGACGCUGACCGUAGCCUCACUUCUAUUUCCGCCGAAACGACUACCCUACGCGGCUCCAUCGAUAGCCAGCGCACGCAGGUUCUUGAGGUAGAGAGGCGGCAGAAGCAGCAGGUGGCAGACGAGUUACGGUCGUUGGAAUCUCGGGUAGAUGCGCAGAUGGCCCCGGUGAAGAAGCUCGAGAGAAAGUCAACGGAACUGAUGGAGCUGGCGGAGGCUCAGACGCAGGACCUUAGGAAGAAACUGGUGGAGUGUGAGAAGCACCUUCACGAAAUGGGUGCCCGCGUGCAGGACUACCUGGAGGAUGCCGUGCAGCACCACGUUAGUGGAGUUCAGAAACGCCUCUUCACCGCUCUGAACGAGUGUGUGUCGGGGGUGACAGAGCGAGUGGCGGCGGUCGAAGAGGCGACAGAAAAGUCGCAGCAGCGUAUGGCUGAUGUUCCACAGCAGCUGGCCACCAUGCAGCAAGCGUCCGCGAAACUGGAACUCCAGGUUAAGGUUCUCGAGACCAGUCUUCAGUCCUUAAGCAGGCAGGCGCAGGAACUCGCAGCUCAUGCAGACACGCAGGCAGGCAACUGCCAGUGCUUGGGCACCAUGCAACAAGAGGUCAUGCGUCUCACGGCGGUGCAGCAACGCACGCAGCAAGACAUGAAGCUUCUCCAGGAAGCAAUACGAGCACUGCAGGCCAUGGUGACUGCCGGCUCAAUUAGAGAGCGCUCGCUCAGCGAGCUGGGGAUAUCACAAGCCCGUACGGCAAGCACGGAUAUGGUUCCUGUGGCAGAGGCGAUCUCGUCGUCCCCGUCGGCGCACCAGCCUAACUCCUCCGGCGUGCGCACAUCGCCGCACACAUCGGUAGUCGGCACACCCGCUCAGCCGCAGCCACAGCGGGCAGCCGCAGUUGCAGCACCGCCGCUGGCAAAUAUUUCUAGAGCUUCUUUGCAGGAGCUGCAGGAUCGCCAACGUGCGUCUUCUGGCAGCAGGAGCAGCAGCAGCAAAGAGGGCAGCGGAGAGCGGCAAGCGCUGCAUCUCAGCGGGGUGUCUUCUGUGCGGCCCUCUGGUGAGCAGGAGGAGCGCUUGCACUCUUUCGUCGAACCAGCAGAUCACAGCGCUGCGUCUGCGGGCAGCGACGAUGCUGUGGAAGCCUUUGUAGAUAGCCCUGGUGCGGUAGCGGGGCUGCGACGCACCUCCGCCGGGACUGCAAGCUCGGUGUCGGUACCACAACUUGCCACGGCAGCAACGGAAACGGUGGAGCAGCUGUCUGCGCCGGCACAGGCCUCGACGCAGGCCUCGGCAGUCGGCACUGUCAGCCAGUGCACCGCGAUUCGAGAAUUCACCACCAUCACCUCGUCUUCCUCGUUAUCUGACAGUGACUCAAGCGAAGAUGGCGGGGAAGAGACGCAAGAGCGUGUGGUGCCCGCCCGGCGUGCAGCGCCUUCCGAGGAGCGCACCGACGACGUGUCAAGCGACUUGACCACCGCCAUCACGCUGACGAGCGAGGCAUCGCCAAACCAAAGCAGCCGACGGCACAACCUCCCGCUAUCGUCGUUGGGGCAACGACGGGCAGUGAAGAUGUCCGCCGCCUGGGGGCAGGGCUCUUCUGGGUCGUCAGAGGAGGGGACACCAGCGUCACGCGGCGCAACAGUGGCGAAGGCGUCCCCGUCACAGCCGCAGCAGCCGACUUUUCUCAGCAAAGGUGAGCUGAAAAGCGCGUCGCAAAGGGCCGAGUCGAUGGACAGCAGUGACGAUCGCGUACAGGCGAUGUCGCAGCACAACUCCGACACAGAGGGAGUCAAGCCAGCAACCAUGACGGAGAAAGUGAGCGUCGACGUGGAACACCUGCGGGCCACACGUAUAAGCCAGGCGGCCACUGCGAGAGACUUUGCACUCCCCCCCUACAACCCAAACUGGAAUAACUGGGACGAAGACGCUGAAGAGGACAACGGUGAGGGGCGCCGGGAGAAGAGCAAGGAACGAGGUGAGGCAUUUGAGCCGCAGCCCUUUAGACCUCCCGGAGCGCUACACACAGCCGUUCCCGCUAGUGAAAACAAAGCAGAUGACGCUGCCAUGCAGGUUACGAACGUGAAUACGUCGAGCGACACGCUAGGGUCACGAGGAACCAGUUCCACAACCCCCGCUGCGGGGCCUGCUGCAACAGUACUGCACCACCGGCAAGACGCACCUGAUGAACUGCGCGCUACGCCGCGCCGAGUGUUUGUGAGCACCUCUGCCCACGGCCGAGGUGUGGGGACGCAGCAACAAGCAGAGCAGCUCUCUGACUCCGUUCCUCGGCACGGGAGGAGUACAACUUCGUCUUCUUCGUCGACGGAAAGAGUGGAAGCACUGAGUCUUCGAGGUUCUCGGCAAAGCCUGCCGCAGCGCGCACCCACGGUAAUGCGCCAGUACACCAACUUCGAUGACUCCACAAGCAGCGAAGACGCCUAA